UAAUCACAACAGAAUCCACAGGAGGAGAAAAGAGGGAUGUCGUAUUCCUGAUUGAUGGCACAACAGCAGUGCGUAGUGAGUUCCCCUCCAUCCGCGAAAUGAUAAGAAGAGUUGUGGAGAAGCUGGAUGUAGGGUUGGAUAAGGUCCGAAUUUCAGUGGUGCAGUAUAGUGAUGACGCCAGGGCAGAUUUUCUUCUGAACGAGUACUCCACCAAAGAUGAAGUACGCCAGGCUGUGACAAGACUUCGAAGCAGAGGUGGGAAUCGUCUAAACACAGGCCGUGCCCUCGAGUGGGUCUACAGAAAUAUCUACCAGAGGACAGCUGGAAGCCGCAUUGAGGACGGUGUGCCUCAGUUCCUCAUUCUAGUCACAGGUGGCAAGUCAACAGAUGAUGUAUCCAGUGCCGCUGACCAGCUUAAGAGAGGCCAGGUUGCACCCCUCGCCAUUGGUUCAAGGAAUGCAGACCCUAAUGAACUGAGACAGAUUUCCCUGAAGCCCGAAUUGGUAUAUACAGUUGACAGUUUCCAGCAGCUUCCAAGAGUGGAGUCACAGCUCAUUGAUUCAGUCAAAACAAUAUCCACUGCUGAUAUCAUCAGUUCUUACACUCCUACCACAGUGGCCGUUGACAUCCUGGAUCUUGGGAAAAAGGACAUUAUCUUCCUUAUUGAUGGCUCAGACAAUACAGGUGCUGCUGGCCUUGCUCAUAUCCGUGACUUCAUCCUAGACAUUGUCAAACAGCUCGAUGUCAAGCCUGAUCAAGUGCGUGUGGCUGUUGUCCAGUAUGCAGACAGAGUUCAGACAGAGUUCUCGCUCAACUCUCACAACAAUAAGCCAGCUGUUGUCUCUGCUGUCAGAAGACUUCGUCAGAUGGGUGGCCGGUCAUCAGAUCUGGCAGACGCCAUUGAAUAUGUCAUAAAGAACGAGUUAAAACCCGCUGCUGGCGUUCGUCUCGCUGAUGCCUCUCAGCAUCUUGUGGUUCUCACAGGUGGACGUUCACCCCAGGAUGUUUCAAUCUAUGGACCUCUGCUUAAGGGCUCCCGGGUCAACUGCAUUGGUGUUGGAUCUGCUGGUGCUGACACAAGGCAGCUGAACCAAAUUGCCACCACACCAGAUGAUGUCCUCCAGGUCCGUGACUUCAAUGGCCUGCCAGCAGUCAAGCAGGGAGUUCUUGAGAGGUUGAGUGGGACAAUCACUGUGGAACCACCCACAGAUCCUU